GCGGCCGUGCCCUCUGGCGGCGCAGCGGCGCCCUGGCCGAAGGUCGGGCCCCUUGGCGCGUCGAAGGCUGCCACGGCCGCCGCACUGCUGGAGCCGCCCUCGCCGCCUCGUGCGGCGCAGCCGGCGCCGCAGCCGGCGCAGCGGCCGCCUCUGGCUCCGGUGCAGGUGGCGGUGUCGCCGUCGCAGGCGACCGCAUUGACGGCGGAGCUUCCAGCUGUGCAGCUGGCGCCAGCGGUACCGUCGCUCCCGAAGCCGAACUUUGUGAGCCCGAGGCAGGUUACGGUGGUGUCGUCGGCGGUGCAGCCAGUGUCAGUGUCGCCAUUGGUAGUGCGGGUCGCCAAGCCGAGUGCGCCAGCGAAAUCUCCGCUGCCCAUGCAGCCCUUGGCGGUGCGGCCGCCAGUGGUGAUAGUGGCACCGCAGCAGCGGAAGCCAGUGCCAGCCCUGCGGACGGCACCAGUGUUGCAGCCUCCGCGGCCAAGUGCCACACGCAUCAUCCAGGCCCCUGGCGCGGGCCCGGCGGGCAAGCCGAAGCCUCCGGCGGGGCCCCCGCCAUCGGCGCUGGCGGCCGGCAAGAAGGCGGCCGGCCGCCCGCUGGAGGACCCGCGGGCUGCACUCACCAGCGCCGCGCAGCAUGGCGCGGCGGCGGAGAGGAAGGUGCCAAAGCCUCGGGGCUCCGUGUGCCUCGACGGCUUCUGA